CAGAGCCUGCCUGGAUAUCCGAGACGAAUACGCGCUGAUUGUGGUCUUCAUUUCGCCAAAGAAAAUAUUCGGCUGUCGGCUGUAUACGGGUUCUUCUGGACUUGUCAAUUGCCGACUGAUUGGACUGUAUGGACUAUGUUUCCGGAAAUUUAAAUGGAACCAAGCCACAUAGCAGCCAAAGAGAGAGUGAGCGCUGUUGUGUGCGAUAAAGGAUUGUAGCGAGGGACAUUGCGCUGACAAGCGCGUGUAUUUAAUUGCACUUAUUUUAAAACAAUUUCAACUUUUACUUUGCUUUGAUAGUUCUAUUUGAUUGUGGUUUCUGACGUUGAUUUGUUUCAACAUUUGCACUUUUACGCGUUUUGUAGGCGAGGCAACUGCUUCUUGUGCAGAAGCCACCAACUGGCCAUAACGGGACAGCUUUUUGGACACAUUUGAUCUCAUUCAUCUGCAUUCUCACAAUUUUGUGUUUUAUUUUCUUUAUGGUAAUAUAGCAGAAUAAUUAAAACACACUGAACCGUACGCUGGGACAUUAUCCAAAAUAAGCUUUGCAGUCUCACAUUUGAAUUCAACGUACCGCCUGGGAGAAGAAUGGUUCGCAGCUGAGACCGAUCACUGGACGGUAAACCCGGACCAAUACUUCGUGUUGCUCUGCUUUUCGGAACAUGAAGGCGGCUGACUGUCUCAACGUUGGGGUAUUGUUGCUGUGUUUUCUCCAAUGCUCCCGGGCAGCCACGCUGAACGGCUAUGGAGGGUCACGUGACGUCCUCGGUUCGCGUCAGCUUGGCGGCGUGUCCAACUUCAGCACCUUCCUUCUGGACCGCUCCACCGGAACGCUGUACCUGGGAGCACGGGACGCCAUUCUGGCCGUCAACACCAACAACCUAGGCCAGCUACCCCUGAAGAUUACAUGGGAUGUUCCAGAGGACAAAAGAAAAUCAUGUGUUGCCAAAGGGAAGACUGAGGGCGACUGCAAGAACUACAUCCGCCUGCUGCAGUUUCUAGGAGAUGGUCGGAUCUACGCCUGUGGGACGUACGCCUUCGAUCCCCAGUGUGCUUUCCUGAAUAUGUCGAGCUUCUCCCUGGAGACAGCAGAGGAGGGUGGUGUGCGGAUGGAGACCGGAAAAGGAAAAUGUCCCUUUGAGCCCAGCCAGCAUUACACGGCAGUCAUGGCAGGAGGGAUCUUGUACACGGCUGCCACCAGUAACUUCCUGGGCACGCUCUUCGACAUCUCCAGGGCAACGGGCAUUGAGCAGGAGCGCAUCCGAACAGAGCGAUCCAUCAACUGGCUCAGUGACCCAGAAUUUGUCAGCUCAGCUUUCAUCCAGGAAGAUGAGACCAACAACCCGACUGGAGAAGAUGACAAAAUCUACUUCUUCUUCACCGAGGUGGCCAAGGAGUACGACCUCUACACCAAGGUCAAAGUGCCAAGGGUCGCCCGAGUCUGCAAGUCGGACGUGGGCGGUAUGAAGACGCUGCAGCGGCGCUGGACCACCUUCCUGAAGGCCCAGCUGGUGUGUGAGGACCGCGCCAGCGGCCAGCGCUUCAGCGUGCUCACGGACGUCUUCACCACGCGCCACCGGCUGGACGACCCCAGCAGCACGCACUUCUACGGCAUCUUCACCUCCCAGUGGGACCGGGAGGAGACGUCGGCCGUGUGCGUGUACAGCCUGGCCGACAUCAGCAAGGUGAUGGACGGGCCCUUCAAGGAGCUGAAGAAGACCUGCGAGAACUGGAUCAACCCCGAGCCCGUGCCCACGCCGCGACCAGGACAGUGUCUAAACAGUGCUCUGAAGUCCGAGGGCUUUGACUCCUCUCUGAAGUUGCCUGAUAAAGUGCUGACAUUCAUGCGCGACCACCCUCUAAUGGAGAACAGUGUGGUGUCGGCGCCCCUACUGGUCAGAAGGGGAACAACGUACACCAAGCUGGCCGUCACCCUCACAUCCGUCAGUGAUGAUGACAAGCGCACAGCUGUCGUGUUGCACCUGGGUACAGAUCGUGGGGAGCUGCACAGGGUUGCAGUGGUUGGUCAGAAUGCAACACUGCUAGAAGAGAUUCCUUUGUUUUCCUCUCAGGAUCCAAUCAACAACAUCCUUCUGUACAAGGAUGUGGCCCUGGUGGGCUCCCCAUCCUCUCUGGUGCGCCGGCCGGCCGUGGGCUGUGCCCUGUACCUCACCUGCGAGGUGUGCGCCCGCGCCCGGGGCCUGGGCUGCGCCUGGAACCCCAAGGAGGAAGCCUGCGACGGGGUCGGCAACGAUCUUGGAGACGAGGAGCUUGAAGACCCACUGAGCCAGUGUAAGAAUGGAGAAGGUCGUUGUUCUCCUGUGGUGAAGGCGGUGAGCGUGAUGAAGGGGCUGCGGGUGCUGCUGCCGUGCGUGCAGGUCUCGCCGCGCGCCUGCUCCUGGAGCCACCCGCCGCACCGCCACACGCGCCCGCGCCUCUCCGACCUGGAGGUGCUGGCGUCCGAGGAGACGGAGGGCAGGUACGUGUGCCUGUGCCAGGAGGGCGGGCGCGAGCAGCCGCCGUGCCGCCGCGCCGAGUACCACCUGACCCUGGCGGGGGGCGGCGGCGCGGGCGGGGGCACGGUGGCGCUGGCCGGCGGCCCCGGGCGCCACUUCCUGGCCUGGUACGUGCUGCUGUUCGUGGUGGGCAUGCUGGCGGGCGCGGCGGGCCUCUUCUGCCUGCUGCUGCGGCACCGGCGCCUGGCGGGCGGCAAGGGCGCGGGAGCCUCGCUCUCGGAGAAGCACCACGACCCGUCCUCCGCCACGCCGCAGUCGCCCAGCAGCGCCAGCCUGCUCUCCGAGGCCGUGCCGCUCACCAAGCGCAACGGCACCCUCAACGGGCACGGCGGCGGCGGCGGGCACAACGGCAGCGGGCACAACCACCACCACAGCGGCGGCGGCGGCAUCAACGGCCCGCACAUCUACUCCAACGUCAACAGCAGCAGCAGCGGCGAGGUCAAGCUCUCCGAGUCCAGCGGCAAGCUGGCGCCGCACCAGCAGCAGGGGCCCGAGGGGCGCGAGCGGCCCGGCCCCGAGGGCGAGGAGGGCGAGGGCCUCUCGGAGGGCCUCUCGGAGAUGGGCGAGGGCCUGUCGGGCCUGGAGGAGGAGCUGGCCGGACUGCAGGCGUACCGCGGCGCCCCGCUGGCACAGUGCGAGGAGAGCUCCAUCUGACAGAGAACCCCGACAGAGAGAAACGCGCACACGAGAGAGAUAGAGAGGGAUAAAAGAAAAAGGCGAUAGAGAGAGAGAAAGAGAUGAACAGGGCAAAGAGAGAAAAAGGAGAAGCGGUUAAUGGAUGAGGAGAUGCGUUUGAUGACUUGCACUCCUCCACUGUGACUGGGACCCAGAGCCAUAUACCCGGAGAGGAGAGAGACGUGUACUGUAUGUACUGUACUGUGUGUAUGUCUGUGUGCGGUGGGCGGUAUCUACUACUUCCACGUGUUUGUGUUUGUGUGCAAGCAUAUUCCACGUACCCACGUGACCUAUCUAACGUGUCAAGAUGUUAACAUGGAAAACACACACACACACGUGUGUAUAUGUGUGUGUGUGUGUGUGUGUGUGUGUGAUUGUGUGUGUGUUGGCAGUACGUCACCAUCCACGCCAUUUCCCUUCCCUGUCUCUCUCUGUUCCUCUCAUUCCUGUUUGUGCUUGUGUGUGUGUGUGUGUGUGUGUGUGCGUGUUACACACCUCACAUUUGGAACACACACUCCACUUUCUCUACGACACCCACGAAACAAGGGGAGCGUGCUCCUCGGUUGGUGUAAAAGAAACGCUCUCCUCAAACUCAAACCUUUUGCACUCUCAUUAGUGGAGUAGUGUGUCAGCCCGGGGCUCUGGGAGACACAGUGAGAGCCUCUCAGAGCCCAUGUGUCCCACAGAUCAACACAUUAGGAAUUCACACACACAUACACUCACACACACACACACACACACACACACACACACACAUACACACACACACACACACAUACUCACAGUUUGCCCAUAAAGUUGAGGACUGAUUGUGGUCACUCUGUGCAUGCGGCCGGUGCUUGGACAUGCCAAACCAAAGACUGCAGAGUCGGCUAGGGUUCAUGUAGGACGUUUUUUGCCAGCGACUCUGUCGGACACAUCAGGGACGAGGGGUGGUCAGAGGCUGGUCACUACUGGGCCAGAGACUGGACUAACGAUUUGAGGUGGAGCCCCAGUUCACGUCAUGCAGCAGCCACUACCUGCAAAGAGAUGCCUCAGUCCCCACUGAAAUAACCAGGAAGCGUGAACCGGUGUUGGCCUGCAGGACUGACGAGUGGCCCAGUUGUUUAUCUCGCACGGUUUCCUGGAUACUCUCCGCACCAUGGCAACCACGGUUGGCCAUCCCUCCAGGAUGUUGUUUGGUUGUCUCGGACAGAGAGCUGGGGGCGAUAAGCCACACCUGUUAGGAGCAUGAAGGCCACACUGUGUUUCUUUCUGUUGGCAAAUGGUCUGUAAACUCGUUCGGCUGGAAGGAUCAGAAGAUUUUUUUCGUUGGCAUGUCAGGUGUUGAUAAAUGACAAUAUCUUUUUUUUCUGUCUUUCUUUAAUUUAACUAACUGUUGUUACGUGUUUGAAGGUCAAACUGCAACCUUGAGAUCACACAAAAAAAAGAAAACAAUGCUGACCCAUUCUAUAUGUUACUGUCAGCAGUUCUACGGACCAAGUUCUUGUAAUGGUGUUUGGAAGUGUUGUUUUUUGUAAAGGAAAGAAAAAUGACAUGAGAUUGUGGCCCAUGUGUUGCCAUAGAAAUUAAUCCAGAAAAGAAUGACAGACAGGAAGGUUGUACCGGAAAGACGUUUUUUUUUCUCUUUUAUGGACCACCAAAGCAAGAUCGCCACAGAGGUGCUGAGUAACUAUCCAAAAAUAGAGGUAUGCUGAUGAAUGAAGGUCAUCGCAAAAUGGCCGACGUCUAAAGUCUAGAGACAAAAGAGCGAGAGAGAGAACGUUGUUGUUCCUUUUUAUGUUCACAUUGUAUCUGUAAGCAAACUCUUUGAUAAGGCCCAUUACUGUGAAUUGACAGUGAGCUCCUUCUACCACUUGGGGGAGGGCUUUUCAUUAGAAAGCCUCUGUUUGUAAAUCCACUGUUCUGUGUUGAGGAGCGUUGUUUUCUCCAUUGUAAUUCUUUUUAGUUAUAUUUACUUCAAUAUUUAACAUGGAGAAGGUAAUACUCAGAAUGCUAUGAGUGGCAUAAUGUAGCUUCUCUUGUCAGCAUUUAGUGGUCACAGGUACGAAUAUUUCCCCAAUUUACAGACGCAACAGAGAGACUUCAAUUCCCAUGAUGCACUUGGUUUAUCUGUAGUCCAUAGGGACCAUUCUAAAAUACCGUGGAUGUGACAUAAGGUUUGAACUUUGGUGUCAGUAGCCCUUUAAGAUUGUCCCCUUAGUCACCCUAAACAUUCCAUAAAACAGUCUAUAAACAGAUGUGUCAAGUCAGACAUGAAUCUUGUGUGUAAAAUAUUAGUGUAACCUGGUUCGUUAUGUUUUAAACAUGACUGUCCCAGAGUUUACCUUCUCUUCAGUUACUGUACAAAAAGUACAAAAUCCAUUUAAUUGUUGUACAGAUAUGUUGUAUAUGUUUUAUUUUUAUAAUUUAUAUAUAAUAAUGAAACAAAUGCACAUUUUUUGGAAUACC